GUAAUAACUGUCGUAAACCCAGGUUGUGCAGCUGAUUUUGGAUGGGGGAGGGGAAAAGCGUCCACAAACACCAAAGGUUGUGUCAUCUGUGUCGUCUUUCCACGACUUUCCGCUGUCUGUUGCGGCCUGUAUGUCGACUAGUAUCGAGUCUGGUUCUGUUGAAUUGGUACAGCGUGUUUAAGAGACACCAGGACAGCAGCUAACUGCCAGAAGGACCAGCUGAACUCUUUGUUAGUUCAAUAUGGCACCAGCCAGGAAAAAGAGAAAACUUGGGAAGAGUGUUCAUACAAAAUACAAAAAACACGACACUUCACUACUACUAGCUGCAGGCACCUCCUCUAGAGCCAACAAACCACAUGUUGCAAGUUUUGACACUCUUCCGCUGGAAUGUAGAGUUCUCAUCUUCUCUUUUCUAUCAGACUGGGACAAAUGUAAGGCCUCCACUGUGUCCAAGUCAUGGUUUGCCACGAUCCGGAGCCCUAUACUGUGGCAGACGGUCGACUUCACCACUUUCUCUGUAGACACCAGAGACGAGUUCUACAAAGACUACGUUCAGACAGCCCUGGCACCCUUGGACUGGAAGGGCCAUGUCCUGUACUGUUUCAACUGUUAUAAGAAGAGAUUGGAGCACUAUGGUCGAUACUUACGGUCUGUGAAGGCAGCGGUGAAGCAUCUGCGGUUCCAGUUUGACCUGGGCCAUCCUGAGGACCGGUUUGGGAGGCUGCUCAUUAAUGUCUUACGGGGGGUGAACUGUCGGAACCUUGUCGCCCUGGAUGCAAUGUGGUCACAGACCCUGUGUAGACCAUUAAUGCCCCACCCCUCGGACUACUUCCCUCCCUACGAAUCCCCACCACUGGGAAAGGUCAAGGCCUUUCAGGAAUUUCUCAAAGUUCUGGUGGCGGUCGCGCCCAAUCUGAGGCAAGCCAUGCUGCCGUUUGAUUGGUCGUUUGAGUCCACGAGUCUGUUGAUGCAGUUCAGGUAUCUGACGGAGCUCCACCUGAAGUACUACUGGAUCUUCAGUGUGUUAUCCCAGGAGCAGCUGACGGCACUGCUGAAGGGUCUCAUACACCUGAAGAAGUUCACUCUGCAGCUGAGGAACCGUAUCACUCCUGGUUCUCUCCAUGAGCUACAGUACACCAUGGAAUCCAAGUCUAUCCAACUCCUGGACAUUUCCGGCUGCCAGGGCUUCUUCCUGCGCGGGAUGAACAUGCCCCAGCUGCAGAGGAUAUGGGUGUCCCGGCCGCGCUGGUCAGGUCCGCUCAUCAUCCUCAACGAGCACUCCUUCAUCCCGCGCUGCGUGUACGGGGUUCUGGCUGAGGGCGCGCCGGCGCUCAAGGUCAUCAACUCGUACAGACUGGAGGAGAACUGGACGCGGGGCAUGAGCCCCGAACUCCACCGAACACUGCGCCACGCCUGCUCCUGUCAGAAACACCUCAACUCAUGGGCUCUCAUGUAGCAACAUCUGCAGAGUUCUUACAUACAUGUCACUUUGUUUCUUAGGCUCCUUUUACUGUAUCUAUUCUAAGAUAAUGCUCUUAAUUUAACUGUACCUUGUUUUGAAGAGCAACUUCUUGUACGUAGAACUUGCAAACUUCCAAGCAGUGACAGAAGUGCCAGUUGUUCAUAUGGCAGGACACAGAAGAUCAUGGUGCUGUAUAUGUAUAUCAUUGAAAAUAUAGUGUAAGAUAUAUACAUAUAACAGACCAAACCCUUCAGUGGUUUUACCAGGAGUACCUUAACUCAUAAACACUGGUUCUGUGGGUGAAGGGGAACAUGUCUGUGGUAGAAAUACACCCCACAUGUGUAUGUUUCCUGUAGGUUUUCUGUCAAGAUUACCUCAUCUCCCAGGUAGAUGGAAGACAUUAUAUUGGCAAAAGGAUAUGCCAGAUACAUGCAGUGUUGCAGCUGUGCUCUGUGAUAUUUGUGUGCAGCUGAAGAUGUCGGAUAAGCUUGUGGCACAUUGACA